AAUUGUGGUUGUGCCUAUAGAAUGCAAAGUUUUUUCUCUGUGACGCUGCUGCUGCUCCUGGCCCUGACGGUGACCUCCGAGGCCAGCAAAAGAGGCAAAAAUCAGAAAGGUGGCAGACAUGACAAGUCAAAGUCUGUCUCAGAAUGUGUCCCUGCAGAAAUCAAGUAUGGAAAAUGUGUUCCGAAAAGCGGUGACUGUGGGGAGGGUCUGAGGGAGGUGACCUGUAAGGACCACACUGACAAGAUCCCGUGCAAGAUCUUCUGCAACUGGAAGAAGGACAUCAGCGACUGUAAGUAUAAGUUUGGCUCUUGGGGAGCCUGUGAUGCUGCCACCAACACGAAGAGCCGGUCAGGAAGCCUGAAGAGGGUGAUGUACAACGCAGAGUGUCAAAGUACCAUCAAAGUGUCCAAACCAUGCUCCCCUAAAGCCAAGAAAACAAAAGGAGAGAAGAACUAAAGGAUGGACAAAUGCUGCAAAAGAUGACAAGAUUUCUUUCUUCCAGCAGAACAAUAGUCGUCCCUCAUCAAACACAAAACCGAAAGACUUUUCCCAAAUCACAUCAGCAUCCUUUUGAUUUUUCUUCUUGUAUUAUCAUCUGAAUGAUGAGAUUUUGCUUCUUUUUUUGCUGUUUUGCUAAAGUGUGGAAGAUUCCAGUAUAUUCCCAUUAAUAGGUGAUAAUGUCCUCAUAGUUAAUAGCUUCUUUAAAAAAUUUUAAACCAUGAAUUUUUGAUAGUCCUAAAACACUUUACAGUAGUUGAUGAGUAAUGAAUAACCAAGCAGAGCUCUGAUAUGAAAACGCCCCUCUGUGAUCCAGGAUUUUGAUAACUGGUUUUAAAGAGCCCUGUUUUUAGAUGUUUUUAGUUUCAUCUUAAAAAAAAAAAAGAUAGAAAAAACAUUGUUAAAAAUAAGCUUAAAAAUGUAGAAAUGUUUGGAUGAAUCUGUAAUGGUAAGAUCCACUAUAAAAAUCUAUUUUUGAACUACAGACUAUUGAAGCUGCAAGAUGAGACUUGUAUAAAUGAAAUAAACAAAUCCUGUAAAUUGUUGG